UUAAUUAUUGACAGAACAACUUGUCGCGUCGCAUCCCCUAGUCCACGAUUUUCGCAUCUUUAAUCCCUUCUAACCGCGUCGUCUCGUUCUCCGGCGCAUAUUCACUCGUUCCAGAGGAUGUUUAGGCAAUGAGGAGCCGCUUUCCACCAUUAAACCGCGCGACUCCGCCGAAUAUCAAGUUCAAUAGGAGUCCUGUCCUGCUCUGGGACUCAACGAUAUAGCAACCGGGCCGUCGCUGUUGCCUAAGGGGAGCGUCGGCCUGGGCUGAAAUCCAGAAGCGACGAUACACUACCGUGACUGCUCUAUACGACAUACUUAACCCGAUAUGGCGUCCGCUGGAGGAAACAUUAAGGUCGUGGUUCGGGUGCGCCCGUUCAACAAUCGAGAACUUGAUCGCAAGGCCAAAAAUGUCGUUCGAAUGCAAGGCACCCAGACGGUGCUCACGCCCCCAUCAUCGAUCGAUCCGAAGUCCAAAGCUGCCAAAGCCGCCCUUGACGGCGCAAAAACCUUCAAGUUCGACAAGUCCUACUGGUCUUUCGAUCGCAACGAUCCGCAUUAUGCCGGCCAAGAGGAUUUGUUCGAUGAUCUUGGAAAACCUCUGCUCGACAAUGCCUUCCAGGGAUAUAAUAACUGUAUCUUUGCUUACGGACAGACUGGCUCGGGAAAGAGUUAUAGUAUGAUGGGGUAUGGCGAGGAUUCUGGUGUUAUCCCAAAGAUCUGUCGCGAAAUGUUCGAACGCAUAGACGGGGUUCAGCAGGACAAGCACCUCAACUGCACCGUCGAGGUCUCAUAUCUGGAGAUCUAUAAUGAACGAGUGAGAGAUCUCCUCAAUCCCGCCACCAAAGGAAAUCUCCGAGUUCGUGAACAUCCAUCUACGGGACCAUACGUCGAGGACCUUGCGAAGCUUGCAGUUCGGAGCUUUCAGGAGAUCGAGAAUCUGAUGGACGAGGGGAACAAAGCCAGGACGGUCGCUGCAACGAACAUGAACGAGACAUCGAGUCGUUCCCACGCCGUAUUCACUCUUACACUGACCCAAAAACGCCACGAUGCAGAGACGCGCAUGGACACCGAGAAGGUCGCGAAGAUCAGUUUGGUUGACUUGGCCGGAUCCGAAAGAGCCAAUUCCACAGGCGCCACAGGUGCGCGUUUGAAAGAAGGCGCGGAAAUCAAUCGAUCGCUGUCGACAUUAGGCCGUGUUAUUGCCGCUCUAGCAGAUCUAUCUAGCGGAAAGAAAGCCUCAAAAGGCUCGAUGGUCCCGUAUCGAGAUUCGAUCUUGACAUGGUUGCUCAAAGACUCGUUAGGCGGUAACAGUUUGACGGCUAUGAUCGCUGCCAUUUCGCCUGCAGAUAUCAAUUUCGAGGAAACGCUGUCGACAUUGCGAUAUGCAGACUCGGCCAAGCGGAUCAAGAAUCAUGCCGUCGUCAACGAAGAUCCGAACGCCCGCAUGAUUCGUGAAUUGAAAGAAGAACUUGCUCAACUACGUUCGAAGCUCAGUGGAGGCGCGGUUGGUGGCGUAGCCGUGCCAGUAGAGGAGCAAUAUGCUCCGGACACGCCACUAGACAAGCAGUUUGUGAGUAUUACUCAAGUCGAUGGCUCCGUCAAGAAGGUAUCCAAAGCGGAGAUCGCCGAGCAAUUGUCGCAAUCCGAGAAGCUCUAUACCGACCUCAAUCAAACCUGGGAGGAGAAACUUCUGAAAACUGAGCACAUUCACAAGGAGCGAGAAGCCGCUCUUGAAGAACUGGGGAUCAGCAUUGAGAAAGGAUUCGUUGGGCUCAGUACUCCGAAGAAGAUGCCACAUCUUGUCAACUUGUCCGACGACCCUCUUCUUGCUGAGUGCCUGGUUUACAACCUUAAACCCGGUAUGACAAUUGUUGGCAAUGUGGAUAUACCGCAAUCAACAGCGGACAUCCGCCUUCCGGGAAGCCAGAUAUUGGCGGAGCACUGUACGUUUGAUAAUGUUGACGGCGCCGUGACAAUCGUACCAAAGGAAGGAGCCGCCGUGAUGGUUAAUGGCCAGCGAAUCGAUGCUCCGAAACGACUGAGAUCGGGCUAUCGGAUCAUUCUCGGUGAUUUUCACAUCUUCCGCUUCAAUCACCCCCAAGAGGCCCGCGCUGAACGGGCUGAACAAGGAAGCUCUCUCAGAUACUCAAUAACAGCUUCUCAACUGGGAUCGCCUAGUCCUAACGGUCGAUCCGGGCAUGAGCGCAGCUACAGCAGCGUUAGCAAUCGCAACGGCGAUGGCAGCGAUUUUGGAACCGAAAGCCCGCGACCGGAUAGCCCUUAUAUUUUCCCUGGCAGAGGCCGAGAUUCGGACUGGAGCUUUGCCAGACGGGAGGCCGUCAGCGCCGUUCUGGGCAGCGAUCAAAAGAUUUCCGAUUUGGCCGAUGAUGAAUUAGACAUCCUCUUUGAGGACCUUCAGCGAAUGCGAGCAAACCGAAAAAAGAAUGGAGCUGAGAACAGAGCGCAAAUGGACGGUGAGGAUGAUCUGUCGUCGGACACAAGUUACCCUGUGCGAGAGAAAUAUGCUUCAACGGGUACAAUCGACAAUUUCUCCCUCGACACAGUCCUUACUAUCCCAUCGACUCCCCAAGCGCACGAAGAAGAUGAAAGGUUGCGCUCGGUUCGAGAGGAGCUCCAGCAGCAGCUAGAUAAGCAGAGAGAGGAGUACCAGGCUAAGCUCAAGAGCGCUGAAGAGGCAAACGUCGAGAUUGAGGAAAUCAAAGCCGAGAAAGCCAAGAUGGAGGAGAGUUUGCAACACGCCAAAGAAGAAAUGCAGGAAAAGUUGCGAGAAGAAAAGGCCGACCUCGAGAAACAGUGGCAAACCCAAAAGGAGGAAUACGAGAGGCAGAUCCAGGAACUAAAGAAGCCGGAGCCGUUAUCGAACCCAUAUCGAGAGCCUAUUUCAGAUGCGAUGCAGCACAGCAUUGAUACAGCGAAGAAAGUCCUGGCAAGAUGGCAGCAAAGAAGAUAUGUAUCGAUGGCCGAGACUGUCAUGCAGAAUGCGGCAACGCUGAAGGAGGCCCAAGUCAUGAGUCAGAUCUUGGAUAAGAACGUCGUUUUCCAGUUCUGUAUCGUGGAUGUUGGGCAUACCUUUGCCUCUAGUUAUGAUCUCGUGCUCAAUGAGAUCUCCACGGACGACGAUGAAGACCUUGACUUAGCUACAAAGCCUUGUGUUGCAGUUAGGGUGCUCGAUUUCAAGAACUGUGUCAUACAUAUCUGGAGCCUAACGAAACUCCGCAAACGUCUACGAGCUAUGAGGCAAUUGCGGCAAUAUGCGUCCGAAGAAGCGUAUGCCGAGCAUUUCCGCAAGGAGAACCCCUUCGAGGAAGCUUGCAUGCCGGCGUACUCACGGAUAGGUGACGUUGAUGUUCCUCUGGCAGCGGUUUUUGAGGCGAAAGUACAAGACUUUUCUCUCGAUGUCAUUAGCCCCUAUACCACGAACGUGAUCGGGAUCGUGCGUGUGAGCCUCGAACCGAGCUCGGCCGAAGCGCCGUCAAAUAUGCUGAAGUUCAAUGUGGUCAUGCACGACCUGGUUGGCAUUCCCGAACGCGAAGGGACGGAAGUUCAUGCACAAAUCUUCGUGCCGGGCAUUUCCGACGAGGAGGGUGGCGCGACAACAACGCAGAUGAUCAAAGACUUCGACGAAGGCCCGGUCCGUUUCGAAAGUGUGCACAGCAUGAGCCUCCCACUGUCCAGCCCUCGAUCGGCGUGUCUCCGUAUCGCGAUCUUCGCUCGAGUUACACCGAUACACAUGGAUAAGUUGCUUAGCUGGGACGACAUGCGUGACAGUGCGCCUCGACCGACGUCGAAGCGUCACAAUUCGCGGCUACCCGAGUCCGAAUUCUACAGUGAAGAAAAGCACGAUGUAUUUGCUCGGGCACAGAUCCACGAGAUCUCAGAGGACGGGACAUACAAACCAGUAGAGGUGAUACAGAGCACCGGGCAAGAGGGCGGGGCAUUUCAACUACACCAAGGGUUACAGAGACGGAUCGUUCUGAACCUAACGCAUACCUCACGAGAGACUAUGAAAUGGAGAGAUGUCAAUGCCCUGCGCAUAGGCAGGGUACGUCUGGUUGAUCCCUCUGGAAAGGUAUCCGAUCCAGAUUCCGAGUCUCCUCGUCGAGAAGUGCCCCUCAAGAUUCUCCAACCUGCCACGAUCAAAGAGAACGCCGACGGCACCUGCGAUGUAUGUGUGAUUGGCCAAUGGGACUCGAGUAUGCAUGGCUCCGUUCUUCUUGAUCGCGCCACGGCCGAGAGGUAUCGCGUACAAGUAACCUUUUUCUGGAACGUCACCAGCCGUCGACUCUAUUCACCCAUGCCGUUUUCCAUCAAUCUUGCGCUUCAGAUCCGCCCAAGGACCUACAUCAGGCCUAGUGGUCUCCUGAUGCAGCUAUGGAGUGGAACCCGGGUUGUCCAUUCAACCACAGGCUUGUUCGCAAUCACCGUCCGCCCAACGAGCGCCAAAAGAGCCGGAGAUCUUUGGCGGAUGAACACCAAGGAGGAAUAUGUGAAAGGCGAGGAGUACCUCUCCGGAUGGUGCCCGCGAGGGCCCUCUCUCAUUCAAGAUUAUAUCUCGCUUCGCAGACGAAGAGCACGACUGGCAGAGAUAGAGGCCGUGAAGGGGCUUUUUUCGGCAAAGCAGCUGAUGAUCGCACCUAUAAAUGGGACUGGAGCGACAGCGAGAGCCGAACCAGAUGAACCGCAGUUGACCGCACGUCAAGAGAUCCUCCUGAAGAAGAUACUCGGCUGGUGGACGGCGAGAUCUGACCUCUCUGUUUCGCUCCUCAAUCCUGCCAAUCUCGAACCACCCCGCCAAGGUGCAGCAUUCGCCUCAAGUGGACCAACGACUCCUUCAAAACCUCAUAAAUCAUCUCCUUCCACCAACGGCAGAUCGCCUUCCAAUCCCACUCCCUCCCCCUCAUCACCCACUCUCCUCGCUACCGUCCGUCCAAUACCGAAGAAUCCACAAUGCCUCAAAUCCGGCCACCUCUUCGUCCCCUCCCCCGACGCCUUCCUCACUCUCACAUCCAGCGCCCCCUCCUCCCCCACAUCCCACCAAAAGCGCUGGCUCCGCCGCUACGUCGAACUCCGCCGCCCCUACCUUCACCUCUACACCGCCCAAGACGGCGACGAGCUCUUCGCCAUCGACCUUACCGCCUGCCGCAUCGACCAUGAGCCUUCCGUCGCCCGGCUCCUCUCCCGGCGCGCCGCCGCGGGGUCGGCCACGUCGACGCCCGUGCGCGGGCUGGCGGACGGGAUGGAGAUGGACAGCACGGUGCGCGCGUGCUUCGCGGUAUAUGCGCCGCAGAACACGUACGUGUUCGCAUGCGGGCGGGGAGAGCGGGAGAAGGUCGAGUGGAUCCUAGCGCUCGAUCGGGGGUAUUUCUCGGGAAGUUCGAGUAGCGGCGCCGGAACGCCGGUCUGAUGUGACGCGUUGAUGAGAUUUCAUGACGCUUUACUUUCUUUAUAAAUGAUGGGGAGAAGGGACCCGUCCGUUCGUUUAUCUUGUAAAUACAAAUUUCCGCUCUGGGAUGGCAUAAGUGACUGCUGUCAAAUCCCUCUACUUGAGGGUUCCUCUGGCGUUCCGUGGUCUUGGCUAGACGAGACCGAACUGCCGCAUCGCACCAUGGAUUUCCUUUGUUAAACUUGAUACCCUAGCGGACUUUCCAGGAGGCACAGAUCGAAUAUAGAGAAUACCAUUCAAGUCAU